AAAAGCACCUACUGAAACAUUUUUAUAUUUUUAUUUUGUAAAUUCCAGUUUACCGUGUUCUAUAAUUUUACAAAUUAAAAAAUUAAUCGUGUUCGAUGCUUAUUAGUCAGUUCUAAUCAUAUAAUAGUAAAUAAUUAAUUAGUGUUAAUCUAAUUAUUCGCAAUUUCUUUCAGAACCCGCUUUGCUGAUUGAGUUAACCGAGAUGGCGAGUACCUCGCAGCAGUACUGUUUGCGCUGGAACAAUCACCGCUCUAAUUUACUGACAGUGUUCGAUGAGUUGCUGCAAAAUGAGGCAUUCACUGACGUGACUUUGGCAGUUGACGGAGGCGCGUCUGUCAAAUGCCACAAGAUGGUCCUAGCAGCAUGUUCCUCUUACUUCCAAACUCUGUUCAUUGACUUGCCAUGCAAGCAUCCUAUCGUCGUAUUGAAAGACGUGAAGUAUUCUGAGAUCAAAGCCAUCCUGGAAUAUAUGUACCGAGGCGAAGUAAACGUGGCUCAAGAGCAAUUGGCUGGGUUAUUAAAAGUCGCGGAAGUAUUAAAGGUGAAGGGAUUGGUUGAAGAAAAUGGCUCCCAAGGUCGUCGUGAAGAAGUUGAAACCUCUAUGUCACCUCCUCCAGCCAUAAGCACCAGUACAACCAGCAGCGCAGCUCACAGUAGUGAUCAUACGUCUCCUCCACAUUCCACGGGGACUACUUACGAUAUUUAUGGCAAAUCACCAGCUGAUAGAAGUAGCCGUUUACCACUGCCAAUGUGGCCUCUACCAGGGAUUCCUAUCACUCAUUCCAGCUCCAGUCACCAGACGGCGACACAUCAACAUUCUGCCAUGUUAAGCGGGUCAUCAUCCAUUUUAACCGGUUUUGAGACUUCUCCAUUGAAACGCAGGAAACUCUCAAAUAUGUUAAUGAACAGAGACACGCCGAUUCUCAGAACGGUGCUGGGUCAAGGUCACGUGGAUAGUUCCCAAGGGAUUCCCCUCCUGCACCCGGAUAGCCACGAAAAUCAGUUCAGAAGCAACAGUAAUGGCUCCUCGAAUGAGAAUGACAGACGCAGUAGUACGGAUGUAGUUCAUGGAGAUCCUGCGCAUAGUCCUUAUACUGAUGUGUCUAUAAUGGAUGAAGACGAUAAGCAAGCAUCGCCACAGCCAUAUAUUCCAGACAUUAAACCAGGGAUGGUUAACUACGUACCAGCGCAAAAGCCAGAGUGGAAACGGUACAAGCAAUACACGAGGGACGACAUAAUGUCUGCGAUCGAGGCAGUACGUUCGGGAAUGAGUGCCCUCCAGGCGGCACGUAAGUACGGAGUACCCUCUCGAACUCUUUACGAUAAGGUGAAAAAGCUUGGAAUCACGACAUCACGACCUUUUAAACGUGGCUCGAAUGGCAGUGGUGCCUGUUUUCCUUAUGGAAUCGGUGGUAACGCAAAUGGCAACAUCUACAGCGGUGCCCUCUCAGAAAACGAGAACGAGAGUGGCAGUGUGAUCGAGGGUUCUGGAUCUAUACUCGAUGUGUAUAAGUCGAGAGACGGUCUUGUAGACCGAGAAAUGUUGGACGUCAGUCGUUGUACAUCUAGCCCUAUAGUGCAUUCCGUGAAACAGCAGAACAACGAAGAUCAGGUCGAAGAUCUCUCUAUAAGUCGUAAGUCGGAUGUUCGUGUGAUAGUCCCACCAACCUCAGUGAUCAAGGACGAGGAGGAUAUUGGCUCUGAUUCGUGUAGUCACAAUUAACCUAGGUUUGCUAUCUUAUCUUUUAUGAUUACCGGACUAUACCUCUGACAGAUACUAAACGUACUAUUACUCAGUCUGUUAUCACAUGAAAACUGUUCGAAAAGUUUCUAGAUAAUUUAAGGGUAUUGGAUUUUAGAAGAAAUUAUACGCAAAUAUCCGUGAUGUCCCGUGAAACGAAAAUACGUUUCAACUUCGUAAUAUAACAAAUUUAAAAAAUUACUCUAUAUUUGACGGUGACCUUGUUGUUCGUUUCACGGGAGAUCAUACCCCUAGAGACAAUCACAGGCUUGUGUGUGAUUCAGAAAGAGCAACAAGGCAAUAUAAAUGAAUUAAAAGACGCAACCAAACAGAAGCCAAUUAAGUAAGUCGGCGUUUAACAAAUGACUCAGGGAUCAAUAAUAGAGCGUCGUCGCAACAGUAAGUCAUAGAACGUAUAUACAUAAGAAAUCUGGUAUAUGAGGUUCUUCUCAGAUUACCUUGCACAAGACUGAUUCAUGCGUUAUGAGUUCAAGAGACUGAAGUAUAAUCAACGAUUGUAUUCUGAAGUUGUUAAAGCCUAAUGCUAAUAAGGAAUAUAGUGCCUUCUCAUAUUGAUGUACUUUAAUAAUUUAAAAGAAAGUAUCAGUAGUUCAUUAAAAGUUGUUAGUGAAAAGGAAGAAAAACAUUGCAAAUGUUCUUACUCGAAUAUUUAAUGAAAUUGACUACAUUUACAUAUACAUAUAUAUAUACAUAUAUACAUGUUUUUAAUCUUCUACCUUAUUUUAAUUUGUGAAGUCUGGAAGAAAUGCGUUUUAAGCAAAUUAAUCGCAGAAAUGGGCUUUCGAUGAUAUGCGGAAGAUCUUCAAGUUUUUACAAACUAAUUUCGAAUCGCAUUAAGCUUUAAACGCUUUUGAACUAGUGAAUAUAUAUAUUUGUUUUCUUUUAAUUCAAUGUAAUCAUUGUGAUUCGAUAUUCUCAUUUUUUUCUCAUCUAGCAAUUUACAUAGUAGUAGUAUUUUAUAAUCUUCAUUGAUUUUUAUAGAAUAUAAAUGCCGCGUGAAAGAAAAAGCUGAAGAGAGUGUAUAUUGUUUUAAUGAUUUUGUUUUUAAUUCUUUUUUUUCUUUUAAGAGAGAUUUUCUAUCUUUAACAUUAAAUGCUGUCACUAAGACAUAGAUUAUAUAUACAAACAAUAUAAUAUAUACAUGUAUACAUAUACAUGUAUAUGUAUACAUAUAUAUAUUCUGAAAAUGCAUAAAUAAAGAGAAAAAGGGAUAGAGAUUAUACACUUUGAAUAAUUUCGUGUUAUUGACUGAUGAUAUCGCUGUUAAUUUGUUGCUAAUUAUAAGAAUACAUUAGCGUUACUGAUCAAUGGCCCUGGGAUACAGCUGCAAUAUUGCUCAAUAUUAAUGCAUAAUAACAUACGAAUGAAUUACCUCUAAAUAUUAAUCCAUAAUAACAUGGAUUAAUACUACCUCGAAAUAUUAAUACAUAAUUGCACGAAACGAACUACCUCAUUGUACAACGAACAAUAGUGUUCAUUAUUAACGUUAAGACUGAUAGAGCCGAAUCUACAUUAUUAUAUAUAUUGUCUGCUAUAUUAUAUUAUAUCAUAUUACCUACGUAUAGAUAGUGAAGUAAUAAAUUUAAAACAUACGUUAUAACUUACAAGUUCUUUUUGAAAAUAGAUUUAAGCACUUUUUAUUUUUCAGUUAUAAUUCUUUUCACUGAAACACGUUACUGAAGUAUAAAAUGCAGAGUGAAAAAUUUAAGAAGUAUUCAUUUCUUUGUUAAUAAUAUUAAAAUAGAACGAAAAACAGAAUUUGAUAAAACAAUCAUUCUGAUUGAACAUGAAGAAAAAUACAAAUGCAAAGCAAUGUAUUUUCAAAGAGAAUACCGUACUUUAUAGAAAAAAGUUGCGUGAAUGAGUGACAUCCAAUGUGUGACGAAUAAUAUGUUUAAUAAUUAUUCCAAAUUAACAAAUAUCAAUUGCAUAAUAAUUUCGAUAGCUUUAUUUAAAAAUGUAUUGCGCAAACGACCAUUUGAAAUUUUUCUGUCCUCCCGCACUGGGUUGUUAUUGGUUACUUUUUUCGCGGGAGAACAACUUUACGCAGUUGGUAGUAGAGUGUGCUGUUUGGAGAAUUAUUUAAUAGUAGUGACGAAUAACACGAAGUUGUAAUUUCACCUGAAUAUUUUGCUUUCUAUUUUUACAGCAUUUUACAUAUUUUAUAGCAUUUUAUUAUUAUAACAAUAGAAUUUUAGAAUAAUGAAAAAUUGAACAUAAUCAAGUGUCUCAAAGCACUCGAGUGUCAGAUGAAAUGACAAUUUCUUGUUACUAUUACAUAUAAUAAAAUUAUCACACUGUACCUGUACGCUGAUCGCGAUACGAUUAUAAAAUAGAGAAAUAAUGUUAUACAGAAUGUUUUAGAAAUCAUGGCACAAUGAUAAUAAGGCGGCGAUUUUAAGAUAAAAAAUAAGUCGAAAAUGUAGAAUGAAAUUUAUUGUAGUCUUAAGUGGAUAGACUGCGGAUUUUUAUGCAUUUAUGAAAAAUUUGGAGGCGCAAAAAUACACAAAAUGUAUACAAUAUACAGAAAUAUACCUUUGAUGGGCUGGUAAGAGAAUAUAAAUCAGAAUUAUUAGUUUACCAGAAAAGCACUUAUAAUAUUUGAAGUGCAAUAUAAGACCAAAUGUUAGAUUUUGGAUAUAUUAUUAGAAUGAUAAGCAAAUGACAGUAAUGUCAAUUAUAUUAGCGUAAAAUAUCCACAAUAAAAUAUUUAUUCUAAUAUUUAGCAGAUGAAACAAAUUCUUAUUUAAGUUCUAGUUCUUUCUAGUUAUGUUCAUAAAAAUACAAAAAUGCAUAAAAAACAACAAUCUAUAAACAGAGAAACAAUCUAAAAACAGAGAGUAAUUAGCCAAGUUCACAUAAUCGAAUUUUUAAGUUUGAUUUUAUUGAAAACAAAGUGCCGUGUGAAAAAAUUUCAUUCCAUAUUCUCGAUUUAUUGACGCACGUAGUAUCCCUUUCUGUACCAUGAUUAUUAGAACACCUUGUAUAAAAAUAUGACUGAUUUCAAUAUAGACAAAUAUUGAGGCCAUAUUGUAGCGAUAGAAAGAAAUAUGAAAAUUGAGAAACAUAGAAAUAUAUAACAAUGCCGAAAUAGAUAUGCAUAUAACAUGCUUAACCAAACAAAAAAUAGUUCAACCGAAGCAAAUAUUUAGACUGAGAUAUAUUUAAAAGACUAUACAAUGUGUUCAAAAUAAAUAGAGAAAGUAUAUAGUUAUAAAUUAAAAGUGCAAGGUGCUCAAGAACAUAUUAAUGAAUUUCAAAAUUCGCGCUCGAAGAUGUCGUUAACAAUUUCUGCACAGAAUAAUGAACUUAUUGAAGAAAAGAGGUAGAAGAUAACAAAUUGAAGCGUAUUUAAUAAUAAUUGAUGUAUAGAAAAUUGUGAAAUUAUUCGAAUGGUCUAGAUCAAAAUUAUAAAAAUGAUUUAACAUAAAAUGUUAUGGGUUUUCUUACUUAUAUGAUAUAAAUUUUAAAUGGUACAUAAACGCAAUUUUCGAUGCCUUACGAAAUUAAAAUAAAGAAUUUUAAUUACAAUAAUCGUCAAGUUAAGAUUGUACAAAAAAAUUUGUGGAAUAGAAUGUUGCCUUUUUAUCAUAGCAAUUUUAUCGUGUAAAUUUAGCAUCGUAUUAUUUUUUAAGACUGACUUUUCUCCUAUAAGAUAAUGUACACUUAUGUACAUGUACACACACACAUACAUACACGUAUACAUGAAAAUGCACUUUUAAUUAAUUGUAAGUUUCUAAUGUUUGACACUUUCCACCCCGUAACACGAAGUUUCCCAUUUCCAUUAUGUGGAACAUACAUAUGUUACUAGAAUUGUACAAGUUUGUUAUAAAAUACAUUACUCUGAGAAAAUGUUUUUUCCUUUAUAUAUUAAUUAAUAUAUGUUUAAGAUUUAUUUUUUAACAAUAAAUCGGUAAAUAGUUGAAGAAAUUUCACCAAUCUGAUCAACUUAUUACAAAGUCCUAUAUUUUGUGUUAUUGAAUAAAAAUAAUUAAAUAACAUGUCGUUCCCUACAUUAUUGACAGAGAAGAUAUUAAUAUUAGUACUCGUCUGUACUCUAUUAAUAAUAAUUAGUGAAUAUUUUUCUUG